GUUAAGAUCGUGUUUACGAUGACCUCAUACGCAUUAUGACCCAAGAGGACUAUAAAAUUGUGAAAGCCUUUAUGAAGGAUGACUUUUUCAAAUCCGAGCCCUUGUGGCAAGCCGAUGGCGAAACCAGCGAUUACCCCCAAAAUGCCAAAUAUCACCUCUCGAUGAUCGCUCAGGGCACCUGUUUGGUGGCUCUGGACGAGAGCAACGGUGGACGACUUGUGGGAUUUGUCCUGGCCGGAGCCCAAUAUCUUGAGGACAUAGAAAAGCAUCGCAUGGAGGCGGAUGUCAUGGAGAAGAACGUUUUGGGAUCUCGAAAGCGCUCUACUCCCACGUUACUAGUGUGGAUACUUCGAUGAGGGGCAAAGGACUCGGGUCCCGACUCGCCGCCACU